UCCCACUCCUUGUAUGAGAAGAAAAAUAAUGGCUGCCAUCUCCUUCGAUCCAAGAAUUAAUCGUCAAACGAGCAAGAACUCCCAUGGAGUAAUCAUUGAAGAAAUCGAAGGACUCAUCAGAGUUUACAAAGAUGGACACAUCGAAAGGCCUCCUAUCAUUCCCAAUGUUCCUUGCAACGUGGCGACAGUAAAUGAUGUGACAGCAAAAGAUGUUGUUAUCGACAAGUUCACUAACUUGUGGGCUCGCCUUUAUGUCUCAAACCGCUCAGGCACGCUGCCUUUGCUUGUUUACUUCCAUGGAGGCGGAUUUUGUGUCGGCUCAGCUGCUUGGAGUGGUUACCAUGAGUUCUUGGCCAAUCUUGCUUCUAAAGCAAGUUGCAUUAUUUUAUCCAUAAACUACCGGCUGGCCCCCGAAAAUCGUCUCCCUACUGCUUAUGAUGACGGCAUCGACGCCUUUACAUGGGUAAAACAACAGGCUCUAAAUGGUUCUCCCGAGCAUAAGUGGUGGUUAAGUCGGUGCAAUUUCUCUAGCAUCUUCCUAGCUGGUGACAGUGCUGGUGCAAACAUAGCUUACAACGUGGCCACAAGGCUAGAAUCCAGAUACAAUCCUGAGUCCAUGACAAAGCCUUCGUGUUUCAAGGGUAUCAUCUUGAUCCAACCUUUCUUUGGAGGAGAGGCACGAACUUUGUCUGAGAAAAAUAUGACUCAACCAGCUAACUCAGCACUGACUCUGUCGGCUUCUGACACAUAUUGGCGGUUAUCACUACCUCUAGGAUCUAACCGUGAUCAUCCAUACUGCAACCCUUUAGCAAAUGGUGCAAGCAAGUUGCGUGACCUACGACUUCCAGCUAUAAUGGUUGGCAUAUCUGAGUUGGAUAUACUUAAGGACAGAAACUCGGAAUUUUGUUCGGCCUUGACUAGAGCUGGUAAGAGAGUUGAAACAGUGACGUACAAAGGAGUUGGGCAUGCAUUUCAAAUUCUACAUAAUUCUCAUCUCUCUCAUACCCGCGUUCAAGAGAUGGCAUCCCAUAUCAAGACUUUCAUCAACCAAUGACAAAGGGAAUGCGUUUCAUGUUUCCUUCUUCUAUAUAUCAAAGUCCAACUUCUUAAUUUGUGAUCAAUCUAUAUUGUGUCAUAACUUAAGAUUCAUUUUGUUCGUAAGAUACAUACUUUAAGACAUGUAUCUAUAUGUCUUUGCUUUCUGUCCCAUUAAUCCUGUUCUGGUUUUCCCAAUACUUUCUGUUUGUUGCUUUUGCUUUUGGAGAAAAGCUUUACUUUCC